CCGUCCCGGCGCUUCCGGCGGCACUGGUGCGGGCUCGGGCUGUGGCUGCGGCUCUGCCAUGGGGAAGAAGCACAAGAAGCACAAAGCGGAGAAGGCAGAAUGGCGCUCGACCUCCGCCACCGCCUACAGCGAUUAUGUGGAUAAACCUUUGGAAAAACCCUUAAAGCUGGUGCUUAAAGUUGGAGGAAGUGAAGUGACCGAACUCUCUGGGUCAGGGCAUGAUUCUAGUUACUACGAUGACAGAUCAGAUCAUGAGCGAGAACGACAUAAAGAAAAGAAGAAAAAAAAGAAAAAAAAGUCUGAGAAAGAAAAAGAAAAGCAUCUAGAUGAUGAAGAAAGAAGAAAGAGAAAGGAAGAGAAAAAGAGGAAAAGAGAGAAAGAACAGUGUGACACUGAAGGAGAAACUGAUGACUUUGAUCCUGGGAAAAAAGUAGAGGUUGAACCUCCUCCAGAUCGUCCUGUCAGAGCAUGCAGAACUCAACCAGCUGAAAAUGAGAGCACACCAAUCCAACAAUUACUAGAACACUUCCUUCGCCAGCUUCAAAGGAAAGAUCCUCAUGGGUUUUUCGCUUUUCCAGUCACGGAUGCCAUCGCUCCUGGAUAUUCCAUGAUAAUAAAACACCCUAUGGAUUUUGGCACGAUGAAGGAAAAAAUCGCAGCAAAUGAAUACAAAUCAGUCACUGAAUUCAAGGCAGAUUUUAAACUGAUGUGUGAUAAUGCAAUGACUUACAACAGACCAGAUACUGUUUACUACAAGCUAGCCAAGAAGAUACUGCACACAGGCUUUAAGAUGAUGAGCAAAGAACGGCUGUUAGCUUUGAAGCGCAGCAUGUCGUUUAUGCAGGACAUGGAUUUUUCUCAGCAGGCAGCUCUUUUGGGUGAUGAAGAUACAGCAGUUGAAGAACCUGUCCCUGAAGUUGUUCCUGUACAAGCAGAGACUACCAAGAAAUCCAAAAAGCAAAAUAAAGAAGUUAUUAGAGAGAAAUUCUUAGCUAAGCAAAUGGAAGAAGAUAACCCAGGAGAGAGAAAUGGAUUUGGUGUGAGGAGAUGCUCUACCCAGUACCUAAGCUGCAUUUUUGAACCUGAGGGAAACGCGUGCAGCCUGACGGACAGCACUGCUGAAGAGCAUGUCCUGGCGCUAGUGGAACAUGCAGCGGAUGAAGCUCGGGAUAGGAUCAAUCGAUAUCUGCCCAACAGCAAGAUUGGUUAUCUGAAAAAAAAUGGAGAUGGAACUUUAUUAUUUAGCGUAGUAAAUUCAUCUGAUCCUGAAGCAGAAGAGGAAGAGACUCACCCAGUGGAUCUGAGUUCGCUGUCAAGCAAAUUAUUACCUGGCUUCACUACACUGGGCUUUAAAGAUGAACGAAGAAAUAAAGUAACCUUUCUUACAAGUGCUAAUACAGCACCUUCCUUGCAAAACAACUCUAUAUUUCAUGAUUUGAAACCGGAUGAGAUGGAACUCUUGUACUCGGCAUAUGGUGAUGAAACUGGAAUACAGUGUGCCUUAAGCUUACAAGAAUUUGUGAAGGAUGCUGGAAGUUACAGCAAGAAAAUAGUGGAUGAUCUUCUGGACCAGAUCACUGGUGGCGAUCAUUCCAAAACUAUUUAUCAGCUAAAGCAGAGGCGAAACAUCCCAGUAAAACCACUGGAUGAAGCUAAGGUUCUGCCAGUUCUUAUAAAAGAAGAACACAAGUUGCAUAAUACCUGUCUGGAUUCUUCCAAACAGAUUAUGGUUGGAGAAUCUGCUGGAGACAGUAACUCUUCUGACUUGGACUUUCUCUCUAUGAAACCAUAUUCAGAUGUAUCUCUUGAUAUUUCUAUGUUAAGUUCGUUAGGAAAAGUAAAGAAGGAGCUUGACCAUGACGAUAAUCAUUUACAUCUGGAUGAAACAACUAAGCUGCUGCAGGACCUUCAUGAAGCUCAGGCUGACAGAGUGGGAUCCCGGCCUUCAUCCAAUUUGAGUUCCCUCUCCAAUACCUCUGAAAGAGACCAACAUCAUCUUGGAAGCCCCUCUCAUCUGAGUGUUGGAGAACAGCAAGACAUGGUUCAUGAUCCCUAUGAAUUUCUUCAGUCUCCAGAAACCUCAAAUGCCACUAGUAACUAAUCUGACAUGUACUAUAUAUAUUUUGUAUUUUAAUUGUAUUAUGUUUUUAUAAAGUUUUUGUCCAUGACAGAAACCUCAAUUUUGUCCUCUUUUGUAUGAGGAUUCCUGUAUAAUAUUAAUGUAUAUGCAGGAUUAAACAAGCAAACAAACAAAAAAAUAAAAGAAAAAUCUACUUAGUGCAUUGUGUUUUUAGCAAUGUACCAAGAACUGCUUUCAAUUUGUGCAUUAAGGGAGGUUGUUGGCUACUGGUGUGUGAGUCUUGACUGAAAAACAACAAAUAAUGUGUUAGAAAAAUUUGUAUUUUAUAGAAAUUAAAAAGUUAUAAUUUUCCCAGAAUCAUAGCAACAGUCAUUAAAUGUUUCUGCUAUAUUUAUCUACUAGUUCUGUUGAGAUCUUAAUCUGAACAUAUCCAAGGAGAAACAAAGAACUAUUUGAAUUGGGAUCAUUGUUUUUUCCCACCUCCUAAUGCUAAUAAUAUGCAGAAGAUACUUAAUUUGAGAGUAACCAGUACUUGGUAGUUGCAGUAAAAUGCUCACUACAAGACUUCUACCCUGGAUUUGAAAAAGAUGGGUGUUUUUGUGAUCCCUUGUAUCUUGAAACACCAAGAAAAUACAAUACUUGUAUUUUUUAAUAUGACACGUAGAAUGGGAAAAAUAUUGAAUAAGGUGUGCUUUUCAGUAAUUUCAAAAUAAAACUUUUAUAAUACACUAGGAUAAUACAUCAGUAGCGAAACUGAGGGCUUUUGUACUAUUGCUAUGUGCAAGCAGACAAAUGUUAUAAAUUUACCAUAUUUUGUAAAUAUUAAUAAAAAUAGAAAAGCAGUUUUGAUGUUUGCAAAUAUCUUGUUCUUUCCAGGAGAAAAUUUGCUUCCUUUACUAAGUCUGAAAUAGUAGGAGUUUUGGGUCUGAAUUUAUAUGCUACUUCAAAGAUAAAUGUCACCAUGCCACAUGUAGCUAUAAACAAAAAAGAAAAACACCUGUGAAUGUUUAGGUACCAUCAAGGAAGUCUGUCAGAUAACUGAUGGCAAAGCUUUGAUAAAGUCUAAAUAGGGAGAUUUUGUUCAUUCAAAGCAGAUAUGCUGAAGAAAGCAUACAGCUUGGUUUUUCUGUUGGGAGUUGUCAGGAAUGUGUGUGGCAAUGUGGGUCUCUCUGCUGCUCUUGCAUUCUGAUUUAUCAUGGCCAGGGGUUCUUGGAAGUAACACGUAUGAUCUGCUGCACUGUGACAGUGUUGACUGUUGGAAAGUGUUUGCAUGGACACACAGCCUUGUUUCGCUCUGUAGCUCCCUAAAAUAAUUUUAAUUGAAAAGUGUCUUUAUAACUAAUAUGGUCUUGAUCUCUAAUAGGUCUAAUUUCUCAUACAGUAAAUAUAAAUUGAUUCCUGUAAUAUACUCUAAGUGAUAGUUGCAGUUGGUGAGGAAAUCUUUAUUGAAACACUUGCUGUUGAAUUGCCUGCCUGAGCUCUUGAAUAAAAUUCCACAGUAGAAUGUUCAAAA